AUGGCCGACGCCCCCGCCAAGACGCCCGCCCCUCAGCAGCCCGCCCCGCGCAAGCGGAAGGCCGGCGAGCCGAUCGAUCCGUCGCGCAUCCGCAACUUCUCGAUCGUCGCCCACAUCGACCACGGCAAGAGCACCCUCGCCGAUCGGCUGCUCGAAGUGACCGGCACCGUCUCGAAGCGCGAGAUGAAAGAGCAGCUGCUCGACGACAUGGACCUCGAGCGCGAGCGCGGCAUCACGAUCAAGUCGCACGCCGUCUCGAUGAAAGUCAUUCAUGGCGGCGAGGAGUACGAGCUCAACCUGAUCGACACGCCCGGCCACGUCGACUUCCAGUACGAGGUGUCGCGGUCGCUGACGUGUUGCGAGGGCGCGCUGCUGCUGGUCGACGCCUUCCAAGGGGUCGAGGCGCAGACGGUCGCCAACGCUUACAAGGCGAUCGAGCACGACCUCGAGAUCAUCCCGAUCCUCAACAAGAUCGACCUCACCUACGCCCGCCCCGACGAGGUGAAGGAAGAGAUCGAGACCACCCUCGGCCUCGACGCCAGCGAGGCGAUCGGCUGCAGCGCCAAGACGGGCCAGAACUGCGACGCCGUGAUCGACGCCAUCAUCGAUCGCAUCCCCGCGCCCAAGGGGAGCAACUCGGCGCCCCUCCAGGCGAUGGUCUUCGACAGCGUCUACGACGAGUACCGCGGCGCCAUCAUCUACCUGCGGGUGAUGAACGGCGUCGUCCGCGCCGGCGACCGCAUCAAGUUCCUCCAGGCCGGCACCGAGCACGACGUGCUCGAGGUCGGGCAGCUCACGCCGAAGCGCACGCAGCGCGACUACCUGUCCACGGGGCAGGUCGGCUACAUGAUCUGCAACAUCAAGUCGCUCGGCCACGUCCACAUCGGCGACACCGUCACCACCGCCCGCGGCGAGCAGGCCGAGCCCCUGCCCGGCUACGACGAGCCGAAGCGGAUGGUGUUCUGCGGCCUCUACCCGAGCGACGGGCACGACUUCGAGAACCUACGCGAAGCGCUCAGCAAGCUGCAGGUCAACGACCCCAGCUUCGUGUUCGAGCCGGAGACCUCCGACGCGCUGGGCUUCGGCUUCCGCUGCGGUUUCCUUGGCCUGUUGCACAUGGAGAUCGUCCAGCAGCGGCUCGAGCAAGAGUCCGACAUGGACCUCGUGCAGACCGCGCCGAACGUCACCUACAAGAUCCAGACCAACGACGGCCAGUGGGACGAAGUCCACACGCCGACGCGCGUCCCCGACGCGGGCAAUAUCAAGGAGUUCCAGCAGCCGGUUGUGCGGGUGAACUUCGUGAUGCCGGCCGAGUACAUCGGCGGCGUGAUGAAGCUUUGCGCCGACCGCCGCGGCGAGUUCAUCCGCCAAGAGUACCUGUCGCCGCAGCGCUCGAUGCUCGUCUACGACAUCGCGCUGGCGGAAGUCGUAUACGACAUGCACGACCGCCUGAAGAGCAUCACCCGCGGCUACGGGACGAUGGACUACGAGAUGAAGGGGUACGAGGCGGGCGACCUCGUGCGGCUCGACAUCCUCGUGAAGGGCGAGCGCGUCGACGCCCUCUCGAUCAUCUGCGACAAGCGCGACGCCGACCCGCGCGGCCGGGCCGUCAUCAAGAAGCUCAAGGAAGAGAUCCCGCGGCACAUGUUCGAGGUCCCGCUGCAAGCGGCGAUCGGCACGCGCAUCGUCGCGCGCGAGACGAUCAGCGCGAUGAGCAAGAACGUCACGGCCAAGUGCUACGGCGGCGACAUUAGCCGGAAGAAGAAGCUGUGGGCGAAGCAGAAGGAAGGCAAGAAGCGGAUGAAGUCGAUCGGCAACGUCGACAUCCCGCAGAAGGCGUUCCUGGCGGUGCUGGAGACAGGUGCGAUAAAGCGCCAGCGGAAUGGCGCGCCUUCACGGCGUCGAUCGGGGGGCGUUCUGCCCGCCGAGGGAAACUGGGGAGGGGCGGGCAUCGGGCGGUCGAAUUUCCGAUCGAUCAAUGAGUUCGGCGACGCGGUUUUCGAUCGGUAUCAGCAGUUCUACGAUCAGGGCUUCUCAAUUGCCCAGCGACGUGUCGCGGCUGGUCGGUUGGCGAACAACGCCCGUGACAUUGGAAGCGCGACGGACCGGUACGCUCGUCUGCAGCUACGCCGAUGGCUCGCCAACGAAGGAAUCGACGAGGGAGCAGGCGGCAUCAUUCAGGUGAACCGCUGGCUGCGUGAUCCAACCGCGGGGAGCAGUUCCUACCGCAUCCCGGAUGUCCGGAUACCUGGGGCCAACGUUUCGCUCGACGGGACGAUUGGCUGGAAGUCGGCGACGACGCCUCAGAUUCGCGACUUCCGGCUUUUCUCCGGUGGUGAUAACGACCUCCACGGGUUUAAAGACUUUGUGGGAUUUGUGAUUCUAUGCGCACCGGACGAGUUUCCGAGCGAUGACUGGCUGCAACCCGAAGAGCAGAUGAACGUCGAACGCGCGUUCGUCGGUCUGCGCUAUGGGCUAGAUGUCACAGCAAAGGAGAAGGGCGAGAGUGAGGUUGUUGCCACUUGCCGGCAGUUGGUCAAGGAAGCGUACGCCGAAUACCAAUCGGGGCGCGCUGUCGAAGGCCAACAGAAGCUUGAAGAGAUGGACGGACUACUUAGCAGGUAG